AUGGCACAAUGGAUUAGUAGUGAAAAAUGGCCCGCGCUCCUCGAACCCUUCCUUGAACAACUGCGACAUAUUGCCCACACCGAGUUUCCAACUCUGAGAGUCCGAUCUAACUCCAUCGAUACCGUCCCCCUAAACACCCAGUCCGCAUACGCAUCGCAAGACCCAAAUUCACAGGCAAAUAGCAAUAAAGAAAAUGCUCCUCCGUCGCAAACCCAACUUCAGUCACCACAUGCCCGACUACCUGUUCCUUCUUUCUCGCCUGAGUCUAGCAUACGGGUACCAGAUUCCCAGUCCCAGACUAGCCAUGAUGACACCCCAUUACCCGUCCCUCUAGAAGUUAUGCUUGCUUCUAUCGAAUCAACACUAAGACGCGAUUUCUCACUGAGACCUCCACAUACGAUCCAACGACUUGUUGAACUUGUUCUACGCCCUACGAGGCAUUAUAAAACACUGCCCGCUUACCUUCGUGCUGUGGAUAGGGUGGUGUCGGUAUCUAGCGGGGCUGAUGUAUUCCCCCUCUCAUUCACCACACCUCAUAAUUUAAUGGUUGAUAACCAGUUGUCGAAUGGCAUAAAUGGCGUGACGAGCUUUUCUCUAUUUGGCGAUAGCUCACUUGGAAGCGAUGAAUCUCUUGGAGGUGCUCUACUCACUCCGAUCCCAUGGCUGAACAGUGCAAUGUCUGCUCAUGCUGGCGAGGGUCUAAUGUUUCACCACCCUGGAAACGGGCCUUUGCUUCACCAUGGAGGUAUCUUCCAGGAGCAACAUCGCCCUCUGGAGACGCCAAUCCAUGCCACGGAUACAGAAGACCCUGCUAGCGAUGAAACAACUCCACAUGCGCGUGGACCUCCCAUGGUGGGCGUGGGAGAUAUAGGCCUACAAGAUGGAAAAGAUGUGGAAAUGGCACUGCUGACGAGCGGGCCCGACGUCUCCUCCCAGGAACCGCUAUUGCCCCAGGAGACACAACAGGACAAAGGCGAUGAAAACGCUGGCCAGGAAGGGGACACUAACGGCAGGGCUGCAGCAGAUGAUACAUCCGUAGCCUUGGAGGCGCAAAAUAGCGCGCCCUCUGCUCAAGUAACAGAUACUAUAAUACAGGAAGGGGGUGGCACUGAAAACGAGGACAAUGAAAUAACUAAUAUCGGCGCAUGA